CCCAACCCAACAAGCCCACACAAGUACACUACAUUACCCUCAAUCUCAUCACAUAAGUCAUAAGAAUAUUCCUCCCUUCUUCUCUACCCUUUGCCGUUUCUCACUUUACUCUGCCUCUUCUCUCCUUUCCCCGCACUCUCUGCAACAACUCAAACCUCAAUUUCUGUUGUUCAAUCACUCUGAUGGAAGAAGGGUAGUGAAUUUCUGCGAUUUUCGUCAAAUUUCUCGGUUUGUUUACUUGAUUUCACAUUGCAUCCAUUUUAAUUUUCAAAAUUCACCCUGAUGGAAAUUAGUUUUUGUACAUGCAAUUGUGGUUACUCAUAGUGCUCAAUUUCAUCAACAAAAUAUAAUUUUUCUGUUAAAAAUUUGAUUUUUAUUCAUGAGCUAUGGUUUAGAAGAAUUGGGUGAGUUAAUUUAGUAGAAUUGAGGAAUUGGGUGGAGUUGGAAUUAGGUUAACGAUGUCAUUUAGGAGUAUGAUCAUGGAUAGGAAGGGAUUUGACGUGAAAUUCGGGUAUGGUAUGAGAUCAAGAUCACAGUCACACUGUGAUGUUAAUGUUAUUGCCGAUGGUGCUUUGGUGAUUGAUGAUGGGUUGAGUCAGAGUUGUUGGGCUAACAUGCCCCAUGAGCUUUUGAGGGAUGUGCUUAUGAGAAUUGAGGUUUCAGAUGAUACUUGGCCGACUCGGAAGAAUGUUGUCGCGUGUGCCGGUGUUUGCAGGAGUUGGAGAGAAAUCGUGAAGGAACUUGUUAAGCCUCCUCAAUUGUCCAGCAAGUUGACAUUCCCUGUCAACUUGAAGCAGCCUGGUCCAAGGGGCUCUCUCAUUCAGUGCUAUAUUAAACGAAAUCGCGGUGACCAAAUUUAUUAUCUUUUUCUCAGUUUGAACCAAGCCUCAACUGAUGACGGCAAGUUCCUUCUUGCUGCACGCAAGUGUCGACGUGCAACCCACACUGACUAUAUCAUUUCUCUAAAUUUGGAUGAUGUAUCAAGAAGGAGUAGCACCUAUGUUGGGAAGUUGAGAUCAAACUUUCUGGGCACCAAAUUUACAGUGUAUGAUGCACACCCUCCAGUUUAUGGAGACAGAUUUGCAAAGUCCCGCACCACCAGGCUAAGUCUCAAGCAAGUGUCUCCGAGAGUUCCUGCAGGAAACUAUCCCAUCGUGCAUGUCUCAUAUGAUCUGAAUGUUUUGGGCUCUAGGGGCCCUAGGAUUAUGCAAUGUGUUAUGGAUGCCAUCCCUGCCUCAGCUGUUGAACCUGGAGGUGUGGCCCCGACACAGACUCAAUUUCUUCAUAGCAGAGCUGAUACUUCUCCAUCUAUCCCGUUCUUCAGAUCAAAAUCAACCCGCUCAGAGAAUCUCCAAUCAGCAGCACCUUUGAUAAGUCAAAAUGAUGGGGAGCUGGUGUUAAAAAACAAGGCUCCUAGGUGGCAUGAACAACUCCAAUGCUGGUGUUUGAACUUCAAUGGACGUGUGACAGUCGCUUCAGUUAAAAAUUUCCAGCUGGUUGCUUCUCCUAAAAAUGGAGUUUCUGAGGAGGCCCAGGAAAAUGUCAUUCUGCAGUUUGGAAAAGUCGGAAAGGAUGUGUUCACCAUGGAUUACCAGUAUCCAAUCUCUGCCUUUGAAGCAUUUGCAAUAUGCCUUAGCAGCUUUGACACCAAGAUUGCUUGCGAGUGAUUGCUGGAACAGGUUUUAGCCGAUUGGAAUCGGCCCUCACAGUAUUGCAGGUCUGAUAUAGGCAACAUGUCUGCUUUCUGUUUAGUCCAACCCGGCUUCAUAGUCUCUCCCCCUUCCCCCUUCUCCCUUUUAUUUUGUAUAUAAGUGACUUGUGUGCAUUAUAUUUAACAAACAUGGAACAUAUGUUGUAUUUUGUGUUUUAGUUUGCGAACCAACUUAUGUUUUUUUGGCCAUGAGAUUGUAGACAACGACCUUAGAUGCAAUUGGUCUGUGAACUUGCCAGUUGUGUCUGUUUGAUGGCUUUUGGUUUUCAGAAUGUAUGUACUUGCCUGCUUUUGUUGCUACAUUCCUUUCAAAGAUUAUCCAAUAUUCAAUUGGUACAAAGUUUGCUCCCAA